CUUCCACUUUCCAGCCACCUGGCGACGAUUCUUGAUUCUUUCCUUGUUGCAGUACGAGUCGCUGAGACGUGGGGGGUUUCUUUUUGCAAUAACCUCGGAUUUUUGCGUUUACAAAGGGAGCUUCGUCAUCCUACAAUACACGAAGCCCGCGAGACACCAAGUUCAGGCGGGCAAGCACUGUGACCACUGAACGCAUCGGGCCCUUCACCCACCUUUCGCGCGCAAACCCGGUGCACUGGGAAAUUCACAGUUUGAAAAUUACCGGACAUUUGCACCUCGAUUUUCGGACGCGCAUCCGCAAUUCAUGGCCCCGCGCCGACGUCUACCUCCGGCGGGGUCCCGGACUGACCUCCCCCCUCUGAAGAUCGUCCGCAAGAUCGCCUUGCUUCAAAGUGCCUAUUAUGCGUCCGCGACAGCUUUGAUUCUGUUCACAACGCUUGUCUACGGAACGUCAUUCUCGCUGGACCUGGUCUUGAACUGGAAUGCCCUACGCGGAGACACAACUGUCGGGUGGAUGCUGGGGUUGGUCUGGAUGUUGAAUAGUGGGAUAGGGGUGAUCUACCUUCUCCUUUUUGUCUCACGCUCUAAGCUCAUUCCCGACUUCGCGCUCACGAUACACUUCCUGCACCUCAUUAUUACCGUCUUCUACACCCGCUCGGUGCCCUCGAACUGGCUCUGGUGGGGCUUACAAUGCGCCAGUGCCGCCCUCAUGACGUUCUUGGGGAUCUGGGCGUGCCAGUGGCGGGAACUGCAGCCGAUCACCUUCGGCGGCUCGGUCAGCAAUAACAGUACGGGGCGCUCGGCGCAGCCGCAGGCGGAGGGUGCCGACGAGUCAUUUUCUCUGUCGCGGGGUCGAGGACGGGGACGCAACAUGCCCGAUGCGGGGGAUGCAUACGAGAUGACCUCGAUGAAAAGCACGGGUGAUCAGGCUGUGUAGCCCUUUCGAUUACUGCGGGGAGAUGGGCAAGGGGAGGGGUGCAUAUACUUGUCACUGCAACGUUCAGCGAUUCCCGGCACAAUUGUCAUAUUCUUUUCUUCUUCAUGUAUACCCUCACUGGCUGGUACGUGUAUAGAUGGCGUUCGAUGUGGCGGUAUUUGUUUCUCUCGUUUUGAUUUCACUUUACAUUCUCUAUGUCUUAUGUAUGGUUAGAUUUUGACGGCCUGGAUCUGGGUUAUAUAGCAUAUAAGUGCGGGCAUCUGUAUCAGGUGUUGUUGCUCGUAGGUG